AUGAACUUAACUGCUCUGCUCGUUGUUACCAUCGCCGCCCUCAUCGGCUCAACCGUUGCAGGACCGUGCAGCACAACAGAAACGUUCGCUGCGAUCAAUACGCUUACUAGUCUCCUGAAGGAACCGUCCUUAAACGCCUGCAAGCAAGAAUCGGGUUACUCAAUGGUGACCGCCACGGCCUUGCCAACUACAGAGCAAAAGAAGAAGAUGUGCAAUUCCGCAAAUUGCAAUGCCAUGAUUGAAGUGAUUAUCCGUCUCCAGCCGCCACCGUGCGAGCUGACAUUACCCACCGGUCUUUCUGUCAAUGUGAAUCAUAUGGCGAACGGUUUCUCGAGCGAAUGCACUGUGCUUAAGCAUUAA